AUCCGCAGGUGAGUUGCUCACGUGAGAGGUUGUAAUGGCCGCUGCUGAUGUUUUGAAGAAAGUCUUGCAAUUAAAACGUCAGCUUAAAGAAUCAUCCAAUUCGAAAACGAUUCUGAAAACCUUGAAGAGACUUCAGGAACUGGACGUAACCCUUAACAUCCUUGCAGACACAGGAAUAGGGAAAGCAGUCAAUGCUUAUCGAAAGCAUUCAGAUGCUGGAGAAGUGGCAAAAUCAUUAGUUAAUCAAUGGAAACAGUUAGUCCCCAAGGAACCUACCAGUCCUGUCCAGGAACAGUCAGGAGAUGAGGAACAGUGCCAUAAAGAUCAGCUGGAGGUCUCUGAAAAUAAGUGUUUUGAUGAUAAAAAGUCAGGAUCUACAGGUUCAGAUACCGAAUGCAAACCAGGAGGCAGUCAUAGGAGGAGCAAAGUUCCCUUCAGGCAGGAGUCCAGAGGUGACCGUUCCCAUCUCCAUCUGAACAACACCCCCAAAAAAGACAAGAACAAAGUCUCAUCCCCAAAGUCUUCUCUGCUACCUGCAGUGCAUCCAGAUGUGGACUCCAAGUUCAGGGGAAGCCGUAAAAGGGGUGUGUGCGAGAUCACGAAUGGCCAAGAGGCCAAACGCUCUCAGAAGGACAAGAAGUCCUCCAGGGCUAAGGAGACUCCUCCGGAGCGCAAGAAAAAGGAGGAACCAUCAGAUGAGGAGAAAGGGCAGAAUGGUGAAGUGAAAAAUUUGGACACAGAGGAGAAGGCCACGAAGAAGACGAAGAAAGGAGGUGAGUGCACCAAUGAGAGCCAGCCCAGUGGGGACGAGAUGGGAAAGCCCACCAUGUCCUUUGAGUCCUACCUCAGCUAUGACCUGAAGGCUCCCAAGAGGAAGAAGAAGCCUUGUGACAGCCAGAAAACCCCGAAGAAGUUCAAAGUCGCUGCUGUAGGAGAGGAGCCCCAGAGAAGGGCCUCCUGUGGGAAGAGCAUAACUGAGCAGCCCAAACGAUCUUUAGAGGAGUCUCCCAAAAAGCCUUCAACUGGGUCAGUGAUGGACUUGCUUAAUAUUCCACUACCAACAUUCUUACCAGAGUGUGAGGACUUUACCACUUUCCCAUACUUUGAGAAGAAAUCUGAGGACGAGGCCAGUGCUGUUAGUGAAGAGGCCCCUGUUUUCACUGGGCAGAGGCUCAACAGGAAGAUGCAGGUGUACUCUGGAACGAAGACCAGCUUCCUGCCCACCAUGAUGAGUCUGCACCAGCAGUGUAUCCGUACGCUUCAGAACAACAUCGACUUGCUCUAUGAGAUUGGAGGGGUGCCGUUUGAUAUCCUAGAGCCGGUGCUGGAACGCUGCACCCCUGAACAGUUGCUUCGGAUCGAAGAAUGCAACCCGGUGUACAUUGGCGAUACUGAUCACCUGUGGGAGAGACACUGUCAGAGAGACUUCCGGAAUGGCUGUCUGGAGGAGUACGAGUCCUGGAGAGAGAUGCACCUCCGGCUGUCCAAAGAGCGAGAGAAGAAGCUGCAGAAGCUGACGGAGAGCAUCGUCUCCGCUUACUCCGGGAAACCUAAAGGUCGGCAGGUGAAGUUGGCAUUCAUUAAUUCCACUGUUAAGCCGCCCAGGAAUGUACGGAUCAAACAGGAAGUGCGCGGUACCGCUGGGCCCGUGAUGUCCUCCAGCCUGCCUGACCGGCCCAGGCCAGCUCAGGCCCUGGACCGAACCAGCGGGAAGGCUUUGGACAGCCGAGCGCGGCCUGGCUGCAGCGAUGCUAUGGCCAGCACCAGCCAAGCACCGGACCCCAGGAAGAUUAAGAGACUGGCCCCGAUGAUGGCGAAGUCUCUGAAGGCCUUUAAGAAGCAGCUGGUCCGCCGAUGAGACUGCAGUGAGGGGUGGAGAGCCGUGGACCCUGUAUGAACGGUUUGAGAUCGCCUCUCUUUCCUUUUGCUUUUGCGGCGUAUGUUCGGACUCGUCUCCGUGCCACCCCUGAACUUGGGAAUCGAUCGCCUGGAAAUAUACUGGUGAUGGGAAAGUCUCACAACCGACUUGUUGGUGAAAAUGAAUCAUGGCACUUUCCUCGAUUGCUCAUUUAAAUCAUGUAAAACUUUGAUUAAUCUGCAUUGAAUAUACUGAGAAACUCAUUCACCUGUGUGCAAUCUUUUCUACUCCUGUAUAUUGCGCAAUACACAUUGUAUUGUGUUGAGAUAAGAUUGUAAAUACAUGCAUAUAAUACUGCAAAGGGAAAAAAAGGCUACUUCUGAGAUUUGAAUAAUUUUCAUAAAAUAAUCAAGAUCACAAUGCCAUGACAUUGGCCUGGAAUUGUAUGUAUGAA